GCUCAAAACAGACGCAGCGCGCGCUCCUUUCUGCAGCACGCGAAACGGAGGUCCUGUCUGCUGCUUGAGACUGCAAAGGCAAAAUCAGUUUCGGAUAAAAUCAAGAGCCGAAAACAUCUGUGAGCAUCAUGAAGUUUGCAGCUUUAGUAUGCUUCGUUGCUUUCUUCGCUGCAGAUGGAGGGUCCAAACCAGUUGAACAGCAGAGCCAAAGAGAGGACCUGCUUACCCAGUGUUUAGUUCACAUCUUUUCAAAGGCGCUGUAUAAGAGUGAUGAUACUCCGCUGGAUCCAGAAUGCAAAAACAUCCUUACAUCAGGUCAUUCCUUAGUUGUGAAAAAAGAAGAAGACACUCUAAAACCAGCUCAAGAAGAGCUUAAAAAACUAAGAGGAGAGUCUAAAGUCAAGAAGGAGAAAAUCCUAGAGGAUCUUCUCAAAGCUGACAAACGGGAGGAGCUGGAUGACGAACGCAGCCAGGAAGAGUUCCCAAGUUUUGUUAAAAGAAGAAUCAAAGACAGCCGUGAGGAAACGGACAAUGAACUUAGCCAGGAAGAGUUUCCAAGUUUUAUGAAAAGAAGAAUCAAAGAAAAAAGUGAUGAGCUGAGUGAUGAACGAAGCCAGGAAGAGUUUCCAAGUUUUAUUAAAAGAAGAAUGGAAGAAAAACGUGAUGAACUAGAUGAUGAACGAAGUCAGGAAGAGUUCCCAAGUUUCUAUAAAAGAGGCAACAAGCAUAAAAGAGAAGAUUCUGAUGAUGAGAGAAGCCAAGAAGAAUUUCCCCAAAAAAGAUAUUUUUCCGUCCUCUACAAACGGGAUAAUCCUGAUGAGGAGCGCAGCCAAGAGGAAUUUCCUGUAUAUGAAUAUAAAAGAAGUCAUCUUCUGACCAGCAGAGAAAAACGUGAAGAGCCGGACUAUGAUAGAAGCCAAGAAGAUUUCCCAAUUUACACCCACAAAAGAAACCAUGGGGAUGGAGAAGAAGAGGAUGAGGAGAGUGAGGAAAGAGAGAAGCGGAUCUGGAAGCCAUCACAUAGAUACCACCACAAGAAAAAGCACCACAAACGCAAUGAGAAUGAGGAUUUUGAAGAACCAGACUAUGAUAGAAGUCAAGAAGACUUCCCAAGCUACAGCCAAAAAAGGAGUCAAUGGGAUGGAGGGCAUCUAAAGCCAAAUAAACACCUGCAGAAUGAGCAACUUAAUGAGGACUUAAACUCGCAGGAAAAAAGAUCUGAAGAAUCAGAAGAGGUAGAUGGGGAUAUCGCAAAGCGAUACUGGAAACCCACCCAUAGAUACCACCAUAAGAAACACCACAAACGGGACUCAUCUGAAGAGGAUUAUGAGGAAAGACCCUUGGAAAAAAGGAAUGAGGACUCGGAGGAUAGUGAGGAAAUGGACAAAAGGAUCUGGAAGCCCACACACAGAUAUCAUCACAAGAAGCUUCAUCACAAGCGUGGCGACUCCAUAGAGUCUGAGGACGAAAAUGAACCCAUCUCAGAGAAGACUCGGAGUCUCCAUGACUCAACAGAUGCUGCCUUCAAGCACCAUUCACCUAAAGAGGAAAAACAGGAAAUUGCCCACGAGCUUAAUGAAAAGAGACAUCCAUUAACCACCCAAGAGGAAGAAGAUGAGCUGAAGAAAGGACACCAGAGUUCAGCAGAGGAGAAGCAGGACAGAGAUGCUGCAUUGAGGUACCUAACAAAAAAGAAGAAUGAGUUACAGGAACGUCUACUUAACAAAGGUGACGUCUAUGAGAAGCGUUCCCCAUGGAUUUACAGAGGAUACGAUCAUCCAGCCUGGUACAAAAGAGGCCAUAAUGUGGGUGAGAGCACUGACCAGCACCCCUACCAUAAACUAGAGGACCUCGCCGAGAGUCUCCGGUACAAAAGAGGCAUACUUACUCAGGAGUCACCCGAGGAGGAAGUGGGUGUCCCCCAACAGAAGCUUCUCACACCAGAGGAGUUAAAAGAACUUGAGAAACUGGCCUCUGUGGAUCAACAGAUGAAAGAGACAACUUAAUCAUUCCUAGAACCCGCUGAAACAUCAUCUUCUUGCGCUGCCUGAUUUGAUUUGCCAUAUGCUUUAUGUGUGCUUACUUGGGCUGCUUUAGAUGAAUGCAUUAUUAUAUGUUGUACCCGAUUACAACUGCAUUAGACUUUUGUUAUUGUGUAUAUCAAUGUUUAACGUCAGAGUCUUAGAAGCAAGACAGUCUAUAAAUGGAAGAAAAAAAGCUUGAUGAUGUUAUGUGCAUCAUUUUUCUCUUUAUUACAUUCUAAAAUAACAAAAAAUGAUCAUGUACUAUUGACUGCAAAUUUGUCUGCAUUUUAGAGCAUGCUACUACUUUACAACUGUGAAAAAAAAACACAGUAUGUUGAAACAUUUCUGUUGUUCUUUAUGGCCUUCAACAGAACCUCUGCUUACUUGUUUGCGUUUAAUAAAAUGUGUAAUUAUGGGACCAAAGCCGAUUAAUGCAUCUAUCAUGUUUUAAUGCGGGAAACCUUUUGAAAAUGAUUAAAAACAGAUACAUAUACAGGUUACUUGUGCAAUGAUGCAUUUUGUAAGCAAAACUUGGUUAUUCGCCAAGUGCAGAGGAUGCCGAAAAAAGCAGCACAUUUCCUUCCUCCACAUCUUGCUAAAUAAGAACAAAAUAAAUAAGGAUGAGCACAUUUAUUUAGCUCUUAAAUGCAAAUCUAUUAAAAAAAGAAA